AUGCUACCCCUCGGUCUACUUAACGCCGCCCAAGGCCACCCCAUGCUGGUCGAACUCAAGAACGGAGAGACACUCAACGGUCAUCUGGUUUCCUGCGAUACAUGGAUGAAUCUCACCCUCAAGGAGGUUGUGCAGACAAGUCCGGAGGGCGACAGAUUCGUGCGAUUACCGGAGGUCUAUGUCAAGGGCAACAACAUCAAAUACCUGAGAGUACCCGACGAGAUCAUCGACCAAGUUAGCGAAUCGCAGAAGGGCCAGCAAGGCGGUUUCCGCGGCGGACGAGGAGGAGGUUCAAGAGGAGACCACAGUGGACGAGGUGGCGACCGCGGCCGUGGUCGUGGAGGCAGAGGCCGAGGUCGGGGACGAGGUCAAUAA